GCAGUGACAGGGAUGAGAACAGGUACGGUGACAGGAACUGGAGCAUGGACAGAGAUGGGGACUGGCCCGUACUCAUUGUGAGAAGUGGCAUCAUAAAAAUGAUCAUAAAAGUUAUUAAAAAUAUUUCCCCCUGGAGAAUUAUUAAAUCCAAUAAUAACAAAAUUAAUCAUUAGUCAUAAUGAAGAGAGUGAAAAUGUUGUCUUUUCCAGCUGUGAACUACUGGAUGAGGAUCAGUGUUAAUGUAACUGGAAACGUGUCUGAACAUAACGAGUCACACAUUACUGCAUGGCUCCAGAGUCUGUUUCAGCAGCAUCUAGGUGAAUGCAGGUGCAUUGCUAAUGCUACUUCUGCCACCUCGUCACAAAUGCCAUUCAUUUCUACCACUCCACCCUCUGAAACCAGCAAUGGCACACACAGCAACAGCUUCUCAACAACACCUGACAACUUUAGUUCUCCCUCUACACAAAGUGUCACGUCAUUGACUGCAAUUCAGGGAAACAGCUCAAUAAAAGAAAAUGAAACCACUACCAGCCUCUUUCAAAGCAUUGAGGUUGUAUGUGACAAUAAGACGGCCAUACGGCUCACUGAGUGCACCGUGCUGUUGCAGUUGAGUCGGCCAACCAGUCCGUGCUGUAUUGCACGCAUCGUAAACAUCGUACAGAUUAACUCCACCAUCCAGGGACAGGUGAUUGGAAACCAAGUAAAGAGAGUGGGAAAAGAGCUUUGCCACAGUGAUGCUACAGAGCCUCCAGCUGGAAGCUUUGAGAGGUGUAAUGGUUCUCUCAACACUGAGGGCAUCAGCGGUGACUCCAUCGGCUACUGGUGGGGUUGUGGCAACUUCCUCUGCUGCAGGCAUGGGAACGCUAACGUCCUCUGCUACAAGCAGGCGAGCGCCAACGUCCUCUGCUGCAGGCAUGGGAACGCUAACGUCCUCUGCUACAAGCAGGCGAGCGCCAACGUCCUCUGCUGCAGGCGUGGGAGCGCCAACGUCCUCUGCUGCAGGCAUGGGAGCGCCAAUGUCCUCUGCUGCAGGCGUGGGAGCGCCAACGUCCUCUGCUACAAGCAGGACCUUGAAGUCAUGUGUAACAAGACUGACAUACGGCGCACUGAGUGCACCGUGCUGUUGCAUUUCAGUCAGCCAAUCAGUCCGUGCUGCAUUACAUGCAUUGUAAGCACAGUACAGAUUAACUCCACCAUCCAGGGAAAGGUGGUAGACAUAAGGAAAAAGGAAAUGAGAGCUGAAGACCUGCUGAGCCAGAGCAAGAAUGGUUUUGCCCUGAACUCCACACAGGUGCAGCAGAUCGUGUUUUGGCUUGAGACGCUUCUCUCAGAGCCCAGCGUCACGCUGGAUCUGUUGAACAUUUCCAUUAACAUUGUCAGCAAUCUGCUGGAUGCAUCAGCGAAGAUGCUGCCAUCCACUUCAAACAGAAUCAUUAGAAUUGUGGACACACUUGGUUUGCAGCUGGAGGUAGAGGGACAGAAUGAGACUAUUCUCUCCCCAUCUGUGGCUCUGGCAGUGGUGAGAGUGAAUGGGACAAACUUUCAGAACACCUCGUUCACCAUGAACUCCUCCAACUUACAGAUAGAUGUUGGCACUAACUUCAGCUGGAGCGUAAACAACACAGCCUUUCCUCUUCAGGGUUCCAUCAUUCUCCCCUCCACCCUCUUGAGCAACCUCAGUGAGAAGCAGCAAGCAUCCAGAAUACAGUUUCAUUUCUACCAGAAUAGCUCUCUGUUUCAGGACCAAACGACAAACUCAAAGUUGAUCAGCGGAGUUCUGGGAUGCAGUGUGGCUAACCUGUCUAUCUCCAAUCUGAUAGACAAUGUGACAAUUACGCUGAAGAACACUGAGGUUGUUUGGAAUCACACUUCAGUGUCCUGUGUGUUUUGGAAUUUCAGCUUAAACAGUGGCUCUGGUGGCUGGAGCUCUGAAGGCUGCACUGUGCUGAACAGCACUGUGAAUGAGACGCUGUGCAGCUGUAACCAUCUCACCAACUUUGCUCUGCAGCAGAUGCUUCGUUGUGGCAGCAGUGGCACAGAAGACACCUUGUCUGAAGAGUUAGCUGAAGGUCUGCUGAAUCAGACCAGCAACGCCUCUGCUCUGAACUCCGCCCUGGUCGAGCGCAUUGUGUCUCAGCUAGAACCGCUCGUCUUUGGGCCCAGAGUGAGCCAGACUCUGGGGAAGACGUCUAUCAACAUCGUCAGCAAUCUGCUGGCCGCAUCACCAGCAGCGCUGGUGUCCACUGCAAACAGGAUUGUUGGAAUUGUGGACAGUGUUGGCUUGAAGCUGGUGGUGCAGGGACAGAGUGAGACUAUUCUGUCCCCAUCUGUGGCUCUGGCAGUGAAAACGGUGACCGGGACUGUCUUUGAACAGACCUCAUUCACUCUGACUGACUCCUCCACCCUGCAGAUUGCUGGUGACUCCGUGUCCAAGAUAAGCACCCUGCAUCCUCAGGGAUCUAUCAUUCUCCCAGCCAAUCUCACCACACAUCAGCAGCAGCUGGCGUCCAGAGUCCAGUUUAAUUUCUACCAGAAGAGCACUCUCUUCCAGGACAGAGCACUGAAAUCUGACAAAGACCGGCUGAUCAGCGGAGUUCUGGGCUGCAGUGUGGCUAGCCUGUCUAUCUCCAAUCUGCAAGAGAAUGUGACGAUUAUGCUGAGGAACAAUGAGCCAGUUUCGGCUAGUUCUUCAGUGUCCUGUGUAUUUUGGAAAUCCAGCUUAAACAGUGGCUCUGGUGGCUGGAGCUCUGAAGGCUGCAUUGUGCUAAAUAGGACUGUGAAUGAGACGGUGUGCCACUGUAACCAUCUCACCAGCUUCGGCGUGCUGCUGGGACACAGCGCUCCGUCCAUCAUCCUCACCUACAUCACCAAUAUUGGCUGUGGCAUCUCCGCCAUUUUCCUCUCCUUCACCCUGAUUACCUACUUGGCCUUUGAGAAACUGCGUGUUGAUAUUCCAGCCAAGAUCCUGAUCCAGUUCUGUUUGGCUUUGCUGCUGCUGAAUCUAGUGUUCCUUUUGGACUCUGGUCUGGCUCAGAAGCUUGACACUGCGGGUCUCUGCAUCACCACAGCUUUCUUCCUGCACUACUUCACAUUGGCCUCUUUCACUUGGAUGGCUCUGCAGGCAGCCUACAUGUACUUGACCAUCGUCAAAGUGUUCAACGCUUAUUUUUCUCACUUCAUGAUCAAGUUAGGAUUUGCUGGCUGGGGCAUUCCUCUGAUUGUGGUCAUCACUGUCUUAGCCAUUAAUAAGGACUUCUAUGGACUUCAGUCCUAUGGAAAGUUGGAAGAUGGAUCCACAGAUUACUUCUGCUGGUUUAAAAUCGAUGAAGCCUUCUACGUUGCUGUGAUGGCAUACUUCUGUGUCACCUACCUGCUGACCUUCAGCAUGUUCAUAGUGGUGAUGGUACUGAUGCGCCGCAUUAGGAGUCAAAACCCCCAGUAUGCACGAAAACGGACCCUCAUGCAGGACUUCAGGAGUGUUACUGCACUUCUUGUUUUCCUGGGCAUCACCUGGGGCUUUGCUUUCUUCGCCUGGGGCCCUGUUAAUCUGGCAUUCAUGUGCUUGUUUACCGUCUGUAACUCUUUGCAGGGAUUCUUCAUCUUUGUGUUCUACUGUGCUGCAAAGCAGAAUGUCAGAAACCAGUGGAGGACGUACCUGUGCUGUGCAGAUUGCAGACUACAGGGAAUAUUAGAAAGAAUGCACAAGGUCUUCAGUAGAGUCCCCUUUAUCUCCUCAUCAAGAUCCAAGAUGUCUUUCAGCACCCCAAAGACUCCUCAGUGUGAAACUGAAGGAUCAAGACAUAGCAUAUCACUUCACCCCAGAAGUGAAAAUGCUGAGAGAUUGACCUCUGUGGCGCCCAGCUCAGACAUUGUGAUGGUUGGUUCUGAGGCCUGAGACACCACGACCUACAGUUAACUCUGAGUUUGCUUAUAGUUGGAGUAUUUGUGAGAGAAACUUUUGGUCGAUCUAUA